GUGUACAUUCAGGCCACAUAUACUGUUAUGCAGCUCGUGUGCGCGUGUCUAUGUGUCUGAUAAAUUUUUUUUUUUUAAAACCCCCCCAGACAAGAACCCUAGCAAACAGCCACCCGAUUGCUUCGCUCUCCCCUUGCCCCUGGGGGAUCGUUGUGUAUCGGAAGCUGAUUAUAUCUUGUUGUAAUGGAUACUGAUGACAAGAAGAAUGCACCUAGAAAGGUGAAAUUUGCUCCGAAAGCUCCUCCUCGCAGAGACCGUAAACUUGUUUUACCCAAAGUAGAAAAGUUUGAAGAGACAGAUGCUGCAAAGGCAGAUGAACUGAUGCAGCGGUUCAAUGAAGCAUCCGUGAGGAUAAGACCUAAAGCUGAACAGAAACCCAAACAAGUUCAGGUUGCCUUUGGUAGAGAUGAAGGAUCUUCUAUAAAAUCAUAUGGUGGUUUAAAGGGUAGGUACGAAUCUAAGCAUAAUCAAGCAACUCAAGGUGCCGGAGGUGGGAGAGAGAUCAAAGAAUAUAAGGAACCAUGGGAUUACUAUACCAAUUAUCCUGUUACUCUUCCUUUGAGAAGACCAUACUCUGGAAAUCCAGAAUUACUAAAUGAAGAGGAAUUUAGGGAAACUCCAGAAACCAUUACCUGCACUGAAUCUUCCAUUAAUUCCGCUAUCGAGCUUGGCCUAAUGGAGGAGGAUUUGGAAGCAAAUAUGUUGUUUCUCCAAUUCCCGGAAAAUAUGCCUGUGCCAAAACAAGCUGUUAAGAAGGAGGGGCUUGAAACGAGCAACACUUCUAAACCUGUGAAAGGACCAGGAGCUUCAGGAAAAGCUUGCAAUUUAAAUGAGCUACCUGCCGGCUUCAUGGGUAAAAUGUUCGUUUACAGGAGUGGAGCGGUCAAGUUGAAAUUAGGGGAUAUCCUGUAUGAUGUUUCUGCAGGAUUGAACAAUGUUUUUGCUCAGGAUGCUGUUGCGAUUAAUACAGAAGAGAAGCAUUGUUGUGUUGUCGGGGAACUAAACAAACGUGCUAUUGUUUCCCCAGAUUUGGAUUCUAUCUUAGACAAUAUCUCUGAUCUCUGAAUUAUGAUAGUUUUGUCAUUUUACAAAGAAAUUUUGUUAUACAUAUAGAAGAAUCUGUUGUUUUUAAUACACAAAUAUGUAGCUGUGUUUACAAUGAAUAUCUGGGAUCUUGGUUUCUUGGAGGUUUUUAGGUGUAAAACAAUUACAUAUAUAUACAACCUUUGGACUUCAUAUA